GAGACAUACAUAUAUGAGCGGCUCCGCUCCUGUGCCCAAGCUUGUUCUGAUCGAUAGGGUUCGGGCACCUGUGUGCUUUUUCCACAUGAGCAUCAUGGUGGCUGUACAAGACCCCACUUGCACAGGUGAUAAGAAGGACGACCUAGAAGCAGCGUCUGAUGCGCCGUUCGAAGAGCACAUUGCGCCGACGGAGGAAGAGGCAGGUACAUUGAGAAAGGUAGCCGGCAGUAUUCCAUCUAUCGCAUACCUCAUCUGUUUCGUCGAGGUUGCCGAACGUGCAUCAUACUAUGGUGCCAAAGGGGUCUUCAACAACUACAUGCAGUUUCCGCUUCCUGCGGGUGGAAACGGGGCUGGAGCCGUUCCCAGAAACAAGCCCAAUGGACACGCCGGAGCGCUUAACCAGGGCCUCCAGUUCGCCUCUGCCAUGGGUCUGCUGUUCACGUUCCUCUCAUACACCAUACCCAUUUUUGGCGCGUGGCUCGCUGAUGCCAAGAUUGGUAGAUUCAAAGCUAUCGUCUGGGGUGUGAUUAUCGGCGGUAUUUCGCACGUUAUCAUGAUCGGCGGUGCAGCCCCAUCACUCCUCAGGGCUGGCAAAGGUCUCGCGCCUUUUAUGGUCAGCUUCAUAUUGCUUGCCAUCGGUGCAGGUAUUUUCAAACCAAACGUAUCGCCUAUACUACUCGACCAGUACCAACACCAAAAGCCGUACAUUAAGACCCUGACGGGUGGCGAACGAGUCAUUGUCGACCCCGAGACCACGAUCCAGCGCAUCUGUCUUUACUUCUACGCCUUCAUCAAUGUCGGGGCAUUCUUCGCUAUCGCUUGUGUCUACACGGAGAAGUAUGUCGGAUUCUGGGCUGCGUUUUUGCUUCCUGGUAUCGUAUACUUCCUGCUACCCAUCCUCCUAGUCUUCAUGAACAAAAGGCUGGUCAAGCAACCACCUUCCGGGUCCGAUCUUCCACAGUUCUUCAAGAUCAUCGGCACAGCUAUCAAACAUAACAAGUACAGGCUGUGGGGCAAGAACUACUGGGAGGUUGUAAAACCUUCCUCCCUAGCCGCCAAAAAUAUCACCGUAUCCUGGACCGACAAAGACGUGACUGACGUCUACCGUACCCUCGUCGCCUGCCAGAUCUUCCUCUACAUGCCCGUCUGGUAUAUGAACGACGGCGGCAUCGGCGCCGUCGGCUCCAAUCAAGGCGCGGCAAUGACUACUAACGGCGCCCCCAACGACCUCCUCGCCAAGCUCAAUCCCCUCACCAUCCUUAUCGUCACGCCUAUACUCGGCCACGGCCUCUACCCUCUGCUCCAGCGCUACAACAUCAAGUUUGGUCGCAUCUCCCGCAUCACCACGGGCUUCCUCCUCGCAGCUGUCUCAGGCGUCAUCGGCGCUGUUCUGCAGUACCGCGUGUACGAGACCUCGCCCUGCGGCUACGCAGCUUCCACCUGUGAUGAUGUCAGUCCCAUCAGCAUCUGGUGGCAGCUGCCAAAUGUUAGCCUGGGCGCUAUCUCUGAGGUCUUCGUGAAUGUUACGGGAUAUGAGUUGGCGUAUGCGCGUGCGCCGCCGCGCAUGAAAAGCAUUGUCGUUGCCCUGUUUUUGUUCAACACCGCGCUGAGUGUGGCACUGAGCGAGAUUCUAAUUCCUGCCAUCGUGGAUCCGCAUCUGAUUUGGGUCUGGGCUGGACCUGCCAUAGCGCUGUUCAUUCAAACUGCGAUUUUCUGGUGGAGACACCAUCAUUUGAAUGACGACGAGUUCCUCGUGCAUGAGAAUGAAGGGGAGAUGGUGGCGACGAACACAGCGAGACAGAUAAGCCUCGUUGUGGAUGCGGAGAGGAAAGCUUGAGAGACUGCGGGUUGAGGAGGAUGCUGAAGAUUAUCUAACAGUCUGUCUGCGCUGGCGCUACAUUGUAGGGAUGAAUGUGAAGCACCGCGGUAUGCGAUAUCUCCAUAUCAGUGGUGAAUUCCACUGCAGACGCUGUAUUGACACUACAGACCUCACAAUUUCUCGAGAUCAUGGGUUCAGUUUCUCAUUCAAGAAUUCAUGGGCAAGUGCUUCUGUCACAAAAGAAAUC